AUGUAUCCGCAAAAUGUGAGGGCAGCAAGAACAUUGAGUAUGGCAACAUCGUCGACGGCGCCCAUGUCCGAAGCAUCGUACCGCGGGCCGAGGGGGCCAACCCACCCUUACGGACUUUAUGCACAAAGUAAUGCCAUCGAGCCAGACGCACCGCAGACGGGUGCCAUUCCUCUUGGCUUCCGCGGCCUCCCCGACCAGUACCAACGGCGAGUAGGGCCCGAGGGUGAAGAGGCCGCAGACAUGAUCGGCCCUGGAGGUCACACGGAACAGCUGCCCCCUUACACUAGGUAUCAGGACGAAGCCUAUGUACACAAAGCCGCCGCCGCUGAUGGCCCGAACGGCGCGGUGCACGGAGCCGCAAUCAUCCCACCUGUUCUCGCGACGCCUACAUCCACCAUUCCACCAAUAUAUGGCGCUGGGGGUAUUGGGCUAGCUACCAACAAUCCCGAGUUCGAGUCGACUGAUGACCUAGACUCUCCAAGGUCACGCCACUCGGCCCGCAGUUUCACGUCGGAUGACAGUCAGCGGCGGAUCAGGUUAGGGGAUGAAGACGUGUCAGAAAAACGGGAGCCACCGAAGAAAUGGCAGGCCUGGAUGCGGCGGAAGGUCUGCGGAAUUAUCCCGUACUGGGCGAUAUGCUUGACUGCUAUUAUCUUGGUUGUGCUGUUAGUGGUAUUGGGUGCCGUGGUUGGCACCGUCGUGGGCAACAAACAGCGGCGGCCAUCACGGCAGGGUGGGCCCUGGGAACCGCCAUACGAUGCAACACCCAUCCCAACGCCACCAGAUCUCCAGCCCCUGGCUACGGGUACCUUUGGACUUCCACUCCUAACCAACCGCAUUUCGAACACGUGCUUCCAGAAUCCCACUCUGUCCCAAGCCUGGAGUUGUCGUCUCGUCAUCUCAAACCUGAUGACUUUGACUGUUUUGAAAGAGAAGGGCGACUACCGCGCCUCAUUGGACCCCAACCGUUCGUCCACGAUGACGAACGGUGUUUAUCACUACGGGGAGCAGCCCCCAUCCAUACAGGAACCAUUCAAGCUCGAAUUAGUAGAAGACAAGUUCGAGCCUAGCCGCGGCCCCGCUUGGUUCAAGAUGGCUUCGUACAACAAGACGGUAAUUCUGCCCGAAGUAUGGCUCGGCUCAUCGGGCGACGAUUUAGACGUCCGGAAGAGGGCCCGUCACGCCGCCUCGAUCGGCGCGGGCAUAUCGAAUUUCAAGCGCAAGGGACUCGCGCAGCCUGGCGACAGGCCCUGGGUCUGCAGCUGGCCCGGUACUUAUCUCGAGCUCUUCAUAUACGCCCAACAGAACUCGAGCUUCUCAACCUGGACGAAGCCACCGUCGAUGUCCGAGUCAUCUGCCGCCUCAACAUCAUCCACGACACCACCCCCGACCUCGCGCCCCGCCCCCGUCGAUGAGUCCGAGCCUCCCCCGGAAGACUCAUUCCCACCGUAUACCGAGCCCAGGGCCGGCGACGCAAACAACCAAAACAGGCCAUCCUACCCCCCGCAAAACUUUGGCCGCUCACCAGACCCCACCUCAACACCACCGCCCACGGAAACGAAACCCGCCGCGACCGGGUCGGCCACCGAAUCCUCCACGGCAACCUCGUCGGGUCCGUACGGGCCGAUCGACACGGGUCACGGCUUCGCAUCGCUGCCGCCACCGUACCCGCGGGUCAUCAAGCUCCAGGAGCGCCGCAUAUCCACACAGGACACGCCCCGCGCCCGGUGCACGCAAGUCGAGAUACAGGGGCCUGGUCAGGAGGCUCGCCCGGUGCGAGGGCCCGGCGGAAAACCCGUCGUUGUGGAAAUAGAGGAGUCCGACCCGUUCAUGCCUCCCGGGCCGCCGGCCGCGACCGGGAUAGAUGAUGUUAGCAAGCGGGCGCCACAGGAUUGGGACCAGGCCGUGGGUGUAUUCGGGAGGGAUGGGCACGAUGGUGGCGGGCUACCGGAUAUUAGUCCGUGCGGGUGUAUGUGGUUUUUGACGUGA